UGGACGUGUACGUAAUUUGCAGAGCGCAAGUCUCGAGCACGACAAAAGACCCCUAGCUCCAGCGAAUAGGUGUCCAGCCCGCUAACUCCCAUAAUAUUGAAUUUUGAACGCUUUAAUUGUGAAUCAGUAUUAUAAUUUAGCUCAACGAUUAUCUAAGUUAUCUAUAAAGUGCCCCAUAUAGCGAACGUUAGUUGCAAAUUAGAGCAAAGAUGCCUCGAGUGUGUUUGUAAAUUUCACAAUCCUUCAGUACGUGUUCAGUAACUGUUAUUUGUAGCUUGCUAACGUUAGCCCGUAUUAUAUUCAAGGCAUGAGUAAAAAAGAAGGUGAAGGAUGUGUCCGGGGUCGCAAGCAGGAUAACGCCCAGACCGCCAGGAUGGGAGACCCCUCCAGCGAUGCCGGCUCAUCAGCUGUCCUGUCCGCAUUCAAAACAUUUCAACUGGAGCUGGACAGCAAACACGACAAGUACGAGCGGCUGGUGAAACUGAGCCGUGACAUCACCAUCGAGAGCAAGAGGACCAUCUUCCUCCUGCACCGGGUCACCAGCGUCCCCAACGUGGAGGAGGUGCUGGUGGAGUCCGAGGCCAAGCUGGAAGCCGUGAGGCUGAAGAUCAGGCUGAUCGCGGAGGAGCUCCGGGGAGAGGACCUGUUCCAGUUCCACAGAGCUUUCACCCCCGGGAUCCAGGAGUAUGUGGAGGCUGUCUCCUUCCAACACUUCAUCCGGAACCGCUCCCUGAUCACACUGGAGGAGGUCAACAGCAGACUGGUGUUCUGCAGAGAGGAGCCCCCCAACACCAAGGAUGCCGCAGCGGGCCAGCAGGGGGCGCCGGGCGGGGCCCUGAGCUUCCAGGUGAGCCCCACGGACUACCUGCUGGGCGUGGCGGACCUGACGGGGGAGCUGAUGCGCAUGUGCAUCAGCAGCGUGGGCAACGGGGACAUGGACACGCCCUUCCAGCUGGGCCAGUUCCUGCGCGAGAUCCACGACGGCUUCGCCUACAUCGGCAACACGGGCCCCUACGAGGUGUCCAAGAAGCUGCACACGCUGCGGCAGAGCCUGGCCAAGGUGGAGGACGCCUGCUACGCGCUGCGCGUGCGCGGCUCCGAGAUCCCCCGGCACAUGCUCGCCGACGUCUUCUGCAGCCGCGCCGCCGUCCUGGACCCCGACGACGCCGUGGCCUGAGCCCUGACCCCUGACCCGCCCUGACCCCGCCCUGACCCC